CCCUCAGUUGUUAGGUCUAAGCUCUUACUUUUAUUUUUCAGAAUCAUAGAGUAUAUAAAUAAUUUGCUAAAAUCGGAAAAAAUUAAUCAAAAUUGAUCAUAUUUCAACCAAUUUUAUUGCGGUUUGUCCAUCUGAGAAUAGAAUCGAAUUUCAAGAAUAAAAUAGAGUUGCUGCAUCUAGUUUACAGAAUCACGAAGAACUGUAUUUUAUCCGGAAUCCUAUUUCCACAAUUGGGGGAAUCCCAAAUAUAGACCAGAAUCGUUCCGCAUUCCAUGGAAUCGACCCAUUUCCCAUAGUACCCUACCUCCCAAUCUGCCCUUCUUUCCAGUUCUUCAUUCUUCCUCCUCCUCUCUAUCUUUCUCGCUCACCGUCGCUCCUACAGUGGCCCCUCUCCGCCGCCGCCGUGAGCCCUUGCCGUCGUAAGCCCUCUUUCACCGCCAACAUCAAAACAACGGCUCUGCAAUAGCGAGUAACCAAACCAGCGACGCAUCUCCAGCGAGGUUGUUUCCCAAAUACCGUUACCCAUUUGGACUCCCGUCCGCUCCCCUGUUCCAAACCUUCAAUCAGCAGCCAUGGUCGGAAAUCAUGGGUAAUCGGAAUCGACAGCCAUGGUCGGACAAACUCUCAGGUGAAAUUGGCAGCAUUUCAAGCGAUCGAAAUCGGCAUCCAUUUCAGCCCAUAAGCAAGUUGCAGCUCAAGAGGGUAAUCGAAAUCGACACACAUAAUCGGAAAUGGUUUUGAUCAAGGCUUUGAUUUGUUGCUGAAAAACGCUUGAUUAUAGUUGUUUGAAUCAGUAUUUGACAUUAAAUGCUUGUGGUGGGGCUUCUAAUGUUUUUGAGCACCCAUUGACAGUGGAAGGAACAUGUUAAAAAAGUUAGUGUGCUUUUAAGGCAGCAAUGAAGCGCUAUGUUUAUAUCAAUGAUGAUGAACCAUCACAUGAUCUCUACUGUGACAAUCGUAUAUCAAACAGAAAGUAUACUGUACUCAACUUUCUUCCCAAAAAUUUAUGGGAACAGUUCAGCCGGUUCAUGAACCAGUAUUUUUUGUUGAUUGCUUGCCUUCAACUGUGGCCGCUUAUUACCCCUGUAAAUCCUGCAAGUACAUGGGGUCCGCUUAUUUUUAUUUUUGCAGUCUCAGCAUCAAAAGAGGCAUGGGAUGAUUACAAUAGAUACGUUUCUGACAAGAAAGCAAAUGAGAAAGAAGUUUGGGUAGUUAAGCAGGGCAUGAAAAAACUUAUUCAAGCACAAGAUAUUCGUGUUGGGAAUAUAGUGUGGCUUCGGGAGAAUGAUGAAGUGCCAUGUGAUCUUGUUCUAAUCGGUACCUCAGAACCGCAAGGUCUUUGCUACAUAGAGACAGCUGCCCUAGAUGGUGAAACAGAUCUUAAGACGAGGGUUAUACCUUCUUCUUGCAUGGGAAUAGAUUUUGAACUAUUGCAUAAAAUCAAGGGUGUUUUUGAAUGUCCCAGUCCAGAUAAGGAUAUUAGAAGAUUCGAUGCAAAUCUACGGUUGUUUCCACCAUUUAUUGACAAUGAUAUGUGCCCUUUAACUAUAAAAAACACAAUUCUUCAAUCUUGUUACUUGCGGAACACUGAGUGGGCUUGUGGAGUAGCUGUUUAUACGGGCAAUGAGACCAAGCUAGGUAUGAGUAGGGGCAUACCUGAGCCAAAGCUUACGGCCAUGGAUGCAAUGAUUGACAAGUUGACUGGUGCAAUAUUCAUUUUUCAAAUAGUGGUGGUAAUUGUUUUGGGCACAGCUGGAAAUGUCUGGAAAGAUACGGAAGCAAGAAAGCAAUGGUAUGUUUUAUAUCCAAAGGAAGGGCCGUGGUACGAACUACUGGUCAUCCCUCUACGAUUUGAGCUUCUAUGUUCCAUCAUGAUACCCAUAUCUAUAAAGGUGUCUCUGGAUCUUGUGAAAAGCUUAUAUGCUAAGUUUAUUGAUUGGGAUAAUCAAAUGAUUGAUCAAGAAACUGGUACUCCAUCCCAUGCAACAAACACAGCAAUAAGUGAGGAUUUGGGGCAAGUUGAGUACAUUAUGACUGAUAAAACUGGAACCCUUACAGAGAAUAUAAUGAUUUUUAGACGAUGCUGUAUCAGUGGUGUCUUCUAUGGAAAUGAAAGUGGGGAUGCAUUGAAAGAUGUGGACCUGCUUGAUGCUGUAUCCAGCGGCUCUCCGGAUGUUAUCCGAUUUCUUACUGUUAUGGCUAUAUGUAAUACAGUUAUACCCACGGAAAGCAAAACUGGAGUAAUCACUUAUAAGGCGCAAUCUCAGGAUGAGGAUGCUCUAGUUAAUGCUGCUGCUCGUUUGCAUAUGGUUCUUGUUAAUAGGACUGCAAAUAUUCUUGAUAUCAAAUUUAAUUCUUUAAUUAUGCAAUAUGAAGUAUUGGAUACUCUGGAGUUCACUUCUGAUAGAAAAAGAAUGUCAAUAGUGUUGAAGGAUUGCCAGAAUGGAAAGAUUCUCCUCUUGUCAAAGGGAGCAGACGAAGCAAUUCUUCCUUAUGCGUCUGCUGGACAACAAACAAGAACUUUUGCAGAAGCAGUAGAACAGUAUGCACAAUUAGGAUUGCGCACAUUAUGCUUGGCUUGGCGUGAAUUGAAAGAAGAAGAGUACCAGGAAUGGUCUUUGAUGUUUAAAGAAGCUAAUAGCACAUUGGUUGAUAGAGAGUGGAGACUAGCUGAAGUCUGCCAAAGAUUAGAGCAUGACCUUGAAAUCCUUGGGGUUACUGCAAUAGAGGAUCGCCUUCAGGAUGGCGUGCCAGAAACAAUUGAGACCCUAAGAAAAGCAGGGAUUAACUUUUGGAUGCUAACUGGAGACAAGCAAAAUACUGCUAUACAGAUUGCUCUUUUGUGCAACUUUAUCUCUCCAGAACCAAAAGGACAGCUACUAUUAAUUAAUGGCAAGACUGAAGAUGAAGUUUGUAGAAGUUUAGAGAGAAUCUUACUCACAAUGAGGACAACAACUUUGGAGCCUAAGGAUGUGGCAUUUGUUGUUGAUGGCUGGGCUCUUGAAAUUGCACUCAAGCAUUAUCGAAAAGCAUUUACAGAAUUAGCAAUACUGUCCAGGACAGCUAUAUGCUGUCGUGUGACGCCAUCACAAAAAGCUCAGCUUGUGGAGCUCUUAAAAUCAUGUGAUUAUAGAACAUUAGCCAUUGGAGAUGGUGGGAACGACGUGAGAAUGAUACAACAAGCUGACAUUGGGGUAGGUAUUAGUGGGAGAGAAGGAUUACAGGCAGCAAGGGCAGCUGAUUAUAGUAUUGGGAAGUUCAGGUUUCUGAAAAGAUUGAUACUUGUCCAUGGGCGGUACUCAUACAACCGCACAGCAUUCCUAUCUCAAUAUUCCUUCUAUAAGUCCCUAGUGAUAUGUUUCAUCCAGAUUUUUUUUUCUUUUAUUUCAGGGGUCUCUGGGACCAGCCUUUUCAAUUCUGUCAGUUUGAUGGCCUAUAAUGUUUUCUACACUAGUAUACCUGUUCUAGUCAGCGUCCUUGACAAAGAUCUUAGUGAAGGAACUGUGAUGCAGCACCCACAAAUUCUAUUCUACUGUCAAGCAGGGAGGCUUCUUAAUCCUAGUACAUUUGCUGGAUGGUUUGGGCGGUCUCUAUUCCAUGCUAUUGUUGUAUUUGUAAUCUCCAUACAUGCAUAUGCUUAUGAAAAAAGUGAAAUGGAGGAGUUAUCAAUGGUGGCACUUUCUGGGUGUAUUUGGCUUCAAGCAUUUGUUGUGAUGUUAGAGACCAAUUCAUUCACGUUAUUGCAACAUCUGGCCAUAUGGGGAAAUCUGGCUGCUUUCUACAUCAUCAACUGGAUUGUCAGUGCCCUGCCAUCAUCGGGGCUGUACACAAUCAUGUUUCGACUCUGUAGGCAACCAUCUUACUGGAUAACAAUAGUUCUCAUUGUUGGAGCGGGAAUGGGUCCAAUACUGGCCUUGAAGUAUUUCCGAUAUACCUACAGAUCUAGUAAAAUCAAUAUACUUCAACAGGCUGAACGUUUGGGUGGGCCUAUCUUGUCACUGGGAAAUAUCGAGCCUCCGCCAAGAUCGGUGGAGAAAGAUGUUUCUCCAUUAUCUAUAACCCAACCGAAGAUCAGGAAUCCUGUGUAUGAACCACUAUUAUCAGAUUCUCCAAAUUCGACCCGGAGGUCUUUUGGCCCAGGGACGCCAUUUGAUUUCUUUCAGUCUCAGUCCAGAUUGUCCACAAGCUAUUCCAGAAAUUGCAAGGACAACUGAAUUGUACAGACAUUCAACUGUCUAAUGCAGCAGAUGAGUCGUUUGACUGGUUAAUGCAGAUGAGUAUAUCCUUUUCUUUGCUUUUUUUUUUUUUCUUUCUUUUUUUUUUAAAGGGUAAAUUAGCAUUCUAUGUAUUAUACAUGCAUUCCUGUAAUGCCAGCUUCCACUGCCCGUUUGAACAGUUGCAAGGUUCAAUACUUCAAUUUGUUAUCCCAAAAUGAUUGAAUGAAAGCAUUUGGUUUUACCAUUUCGAA